AUGACCGACGAGUUCCAACCCCCUGGUAUUCACUUAGGAUUGAAGCCUCGCGGUCCUAUCUUAUUGCGAGCGGCGCCCGAGAUAGUCCCCCAAGUAAUGGAGAUAGUAAUGAACGUUGUCGUAAUUGCAAACGAAUGUGCUCUAUUCAAUGAAUAA